AUGACUACAAAAGCUGAAACCACGCCACUGAAGUCUGUAUCUCUCGACUUCGGUCAGACUCCAUAUCUCUGGAAACUCAAGGGAAGGUCAGUCCUUAUUACCAGGUCGGCGAGAGACAUUGGUCUUGCAUGUGCGACGAAACUGGCGGAGGCUGGUGCGACUGUCACCAUUUCUAAUGUCCGAUCUGAGACUGAAGAGGCUCAAAAUCUCUUCGACAUGAUACCAACCGAAGCGCCGAGCAUUGACAGUGAGCCGCCAAAGCCAGGCUACCGCCCCAUGGACGUAAACCUUCGGGGCGUGUAUGACACUCAUUAUCUUGCAUUGUGCUACUUCCGUCUGCCUCGGGACUCCUCCUUUGCUUCGCUCGCAGGCUAUGUCGGCUUCCCAUCAAGCCCAACGUACAGCAUGUCAAAGUUCGGUGUUCGCGGCCUGUUCUAUGGCACACGAGACCGCGUUGCUACCGCGAACCCUCCAGUACGCGUCAACCUCGUUGCACCCUGGUUCAUUCCUACCGUAAUGACAGCACAAGAUGAUUUCCAAGCUAGUGAGGCUGGCGCGAUGAUGAAGGCGAUGGGCUCUGCACAGCUGGAUGACGUGCAGGUAGUGCACUUCAUUGCCGACAAAACUGCUCACGGACGAGCUGCUGGCAUCUUUCCGCAAGGUGUUCAGGAUUUGGGAGAUGAUCUCGAGGGUGAUUUUGCAGGACAGAGAACACAACAGGGUGUGCUCGACAUUUUAGCUGCAAUGAUAGCUGCGACGGGAAAGCAGUGUGAGGGACUGAUGAGGCAGGAUAGCGCGACUGGAGGGGAGAGUGGUCAAUUCAUGGGUGUCGCGAGAUGACCAGUGGGAGUGUACGUGAAGUAAUUGCAC